AUGUUCGCCGGGCAUGCCCACAAGGACGCUGCCGCGCAGGGUUCCCCAGAGGCCCCCGAAGCCGUAGGCCGAUCUGAACCCCUCAAACGAGAGGAGUCGCCCGAGGUAUCCUACCCGGCGGAUCGCAUCUACGACGUCAGCGAGUUUAUGAAGUUCCGAAACUGUCAAAAACCGGUGCCGGAGAACAUCCUUCGCCACGCGCGGGUGUUGUGGAAGCGGAUGCCGGAGAAUAUCACCAGCCUCGCGGAGACGAACAGCCUACGGAGUAACCUCUUUAAGGAUGACGUGACGGCCACCCAUAUGCGGGUGUUGCCUGAUCGCAAGCUGCAUAACGAGGUGCUUGGCAUCCUCGGCAAGGUCACUGAGAAGAACAUGGAGGUGAUGCAGAAGGAGUUGACGGAUUUGCCGAUCCGCCAGUCCACCGAGGCGGAGAUUCGCGACGUGAUUAACGUCUUCUUUGGCAAGUGCACGCGCCCGGAGGAUACGCGGUACACCCCGCUCUACGUGCAGCUCAUCUCCCACCUGAUUUCGACGAUCGGCGACCAAGAAGCGGCAGGUCGGAUGAUUCGUAAGGAGGUGAUGAAUCAAUGCCGAGAUACCUUCAUCAACGCGGCGAACAAGUCGAAACAGCUGGAGGAGCGCAUCGCGAAGCUCUCCGAGGAGGAGGCCGACCUCGAACGCAUGCAAUUCGCCGCCAAACUCAAGGCCAACAUCUACUUCCUAGGGCUUAUGUUCCGAAGCCGCCUCACGAGCGAAACCGUCGUGCGCGCGGUCCUCGACAACCUCCUCUACGGCGACGGCCGCCGGCGUCGGAUCGUGCCGGAUUACUGCAUCAUCCUUUUCAUGGAGCUCCUGCAAACCUGCGGUCCGCAUAUGGAUCGCUCCUUCUACAUCGACCCUUUACCCCGUUACGUCGCCGUUCUGGAGGACUUUAGCCGCACCUACCCGAAGAAACGCAUCCAGUUCUUGCUUCUGAACUUUUUAGAGACCAUUAACAACAACUGGGUCCCUCUGCAUGGUCCGGACGCGCAUCGGGAUACCAGCAGUGUGGCGAGCCCUUCCUCGCCGAUGAGCAACAACCUACCAAACGGAUCGCCCACGGCGAACGCGAUGGCGCCGUUGGCAAAGCCCGUCGCCCCCAUUCCCCCCCCAAGCGUCCUUAUAGAACAACAAAAGAACCGUAUUCCAGAUCGUGGAGAGUUCUGGCGGGUGAUGGAUGACUUCUUCUCCACGAGCGAUGUGGAGGAGAUCAUCUCGGUGAUCGGUCUUAUCCCGCAUGAUGUGUUGGUGGUGUACUGCAGUAAGUGGCUCGGACGCUACAUCACCACCUACCGCUACACGCAGGAGCGCAGUAGGCUUGGGGAGUUGUUUGAGCAGUUGGUGAACCGAAACGCGAUUCCGCCCGGGUUACCCCGUGAGGCCCUCCUGGAUCACGUAAAACAGGCGAUUAAUGAGGACCUUUUUAUAGACCAACCAAAGUACUUCUUCCACUGGGCGGCGGUGAUCAAGAAUGGCAAGUCGGUUUUCCCCCUCUCACUGCACACAACCCUGCUAGAUAUGCUUGUAGAUCACCAUAUGGGGAAGGAGGUUAUUGUGAAAAUGGUUCUCGACGUACAAAAGGCGAUUGAGGAAAGCAGCGGCAAGCCAACAGAGCAGAAGGAUUACCAGGCGCAGGACCGCUUUCGCGUUUUGCAGGCGCUGCUGCGCUACUCGCCCCCGUUGCUGUCGAGGGAUGAGGCCUCAAUGGACGAUGAAGACAUCCUCACUAGUGUUGCGGAAAAGGAUACGGAGACGGCGUUCUUCCAGCUCCUUGGCGAGAGCUACGAGGAAAGCAAAUCCUCAACCGCGCUUUUUGGUACCGCGGAUAUGUUAAGAACUUCGCUUCUUCCUGCCUACCCAUUCAUUUCGGCCCUUUUUACCUUUGUUCGCUUUGAUAUUGAUCAUCUCUGUACCUACUUCAAAGAUGUGAUCCGAAAGAUUUUCGGAACACGGACUAUAGUUAGCUUAUUCGAGGAAGUGUACGUCCAGUGGGUGCAUCUGGAAUGCUCAGAGGUUUAUUACUUUAGCUUUGUGAAAAAGGUUUACACGCUUCUUAACUGCAACAAGAGCGAGUUAGACAAGUUGCGUGAUCGUCUUCGUAAUGAGUAUCACGCGGAAAAGUUUGUGGCUCAGAUGGAUAAGUAUCUUAAGUAA